AUGUCAGACCUCAAUGGGAAGAGACAAGCAGAAGACGGAAGACAAGCAGAAGACGGAAGACAAGCAGAAGACAGAAGAGAAGCAAGUAUCUUAGACCGGCAAUUGAAUGAGAUUUCCGGGACCAAGCAGAUCAAGCAUAGCUCUCUACGCGCAUACACAACGCCAGUCGACAUUUUCUUCAUCGGUAUAAGCUCUUUGGCCGCUAUCAUUGCUGGUGCUCUAAACCCACUACUCACUGUUAUAUAUGGGCAAUUCGCGGGCACAUUUGACGACUUUUCCAAAGGCUCCACCAGCUCUGCGGUAGCAUCGUCGAGGACCUCGCAAUUCACCUUGUUCUUCGUCUACCUUGCCAUCGGGCAAUUCGUUUUCACGUAUAUAACUACUAUCGGCUUCUAUUAUACCGGAGAGAAGGUCACUCGUCGUCUGAGGAAGUCAUACUUCGGAUCCAUCGUUCGACAAAAUAUGGCUUUCUUCGACGUAACAGGGGCCGGAGAAAUUACCUCACGCCUAACAUCAGACAUGAACUUAGUACAAGAGGGGAUAACUGGGAAGUUUUCUUUGUGUCUGACCUCGGCGGCGACAUUUGGAUCCGCCUUUGUCAUUGCAUUCAUCGUGUACUGGAAACUUGCCAUCAUUUUAUCGUCCACCAUCGUCGCAAUGACCGUCGCUAGCUCCAUAGGCGGGGCUUACGCUGUCAAGUACACGAAGCUUUCGCUUUCCUCUUCCAGCAAGGGAGCCACUGUCGCCGAAGAAGCUAUCGGCUCCAUCCGUCAUGUCACGGCUUCUGGGAUCCAAGAACAGCUCACGGACCGCUACUUGCCGUACUUGCUGAGCGCAAAGAACGAUGGGAUGAAGGCACGCUCAUCUGUUGCAAUCGUGGUGGCUGUCUUAAACUCUGUGCCGUACAUGAGCUACGCCCUCUCCUUUUGGAUGGGCUCCCGGUUUCUGGUUAGCGGUUCCAUGAACGUUUCCGAAGUCGUUACCAUGACUCUGGCUAUUGUCAUUGGAGCCUGGUCAGUCGGGAGAGUCGCUCCUAAUGCACAAGCGUUUAUCUCGUGUGUGGCAAGUGCAAGCGGCAUUCUUCAAUCCAUCUCUCGGAAGUCGCCCCAGGAUCCUUUUGAUAUGAAUGGGAUAGAUGUAGACAGGAUAAAUGGAGAUGUUACCUUCACAAACGUCGGGCUUGUGUAUCCAUCGAGGCCAGAUGCGACAGUUUUGACGGAUUUGACCUUCACGAUACCUCCCCAUAAAGCCACUGCGAUUGUUGGGGCUUCCGGAUCGGGGAAGAGCAGUAUUAUGGAGCUGAUGAUGCGCUUCUACGAGCCUACGAGUGGCCUGAUAUCGUUCGCCGGAUACGAUAUUCAAUCAGUCAACCUACGGUCCCUCCGUCGCCAGAUCUCCCUUGUUGGGCAAGAACCGAUGCUUUUUAAUACGUCAAUAUUUGAGAACAUUCGUUACGGUCUAGACAGCACCACAAAUCAAUCGAACCAUGAGGAAAUUGCACAGAGAGUUGUCCAGGCAGCGAAGAAUGCAAACGCUCAUGGAUUCAUAUCAGGGCUUCCAUUGAGCUAUCAAACACAAGUCGGUCAAAAAGGUCUCCAGCUCUCCGGUGGUCAACGACAGCGCAUCGCUAUUGCUCGAGGCCUGAUCAAGAACCCAAAGUUGCUCCUUCUCGACGAGGCUACGUCUGCCCUUGACGUCCACUCUGAGCAAAUAGUUCAAACGGGGCUCGAGAAGACGGCUCAAGAUCGCACUACAGUCAUUAUAGCGCACCGUUUAUCUACUAUUCGACAUGCAGAUAAGAUCAUUGUUCUGUCGAAAGGCCACAUAGUAGAGGAAGGAAGUCACGAGGAUUUGAUGUUGAAGAAAGAACAUUACUUUCGACUUGUGGAGAAUCAGCAGCUGUUGAACCCUAACAAAGAAGAGUUUACUGAAGCCCCUUCUCGCGAAGAGGGUCUAGUAGAAGUCACUAAAGACUCACUGAUCGAGUCCAGCGUAACAGAAGAGAAGUCAGGAAACAUAGCUAACCUUCAUAAACGACCGAUUCAAGUGACACCGGGAGAACUCCCAAAAGAAAACCAGGGCGCGGGUGCAUUAUCGUUCUUCGAGACCCAAAGACUUCUUGCUACAAUAAACACCCCCAGCCUCAAACUUCUUGUCUUUGGCCUUGCAGUUUCAGUACUUUCAGGUCUAGGGACACCUGGUCAGUCGAUCAUAUUCGCAGAACUUAUCGACGCCCUGUCAUUAUCCACAGACUCCUACCAUACCUUACGGGAGCGGGUUGACUUUUGGGCACUCAUAUACCUCGUGCUUGGCCUAGUCAUUCUCAUGAUUUGGAUGUGCCAAGGUGUCGUAUUGUCGCAUUGCGAGGAAAGCGCUAUCUUUCGUGCGAAACAUCGCACUUUUCGAACGAUUCUUCGCCAGGAGGUUCUCUUUUUUGAUCAAAAGAACCAUUCGGCAGGACAGCUGAUGUCUCUUCUUUCUUCCAGCUCCACUGAUAUAGGGGGUGUUGGCGGCUUGGUGCUUGGCACUAUUCUCUCAUUCUGCGGUACCAUCGGGGGCGGUCUCAUCCUCUCCUUGGCCAUUGGCUGGAAGUUAGCACUUGUGUGCGCGUCUACUAUUCCUCUUGUUGCCGGUUGUGGCUAUCUACGACUGAUGAUGCUGUCAAUUUUCGAUCAAAAAAUGAAAGAAUCGCACAACACGUCAAUCAACUACGCCAGCGAAGCAACAAGCGCGAUUCGCACGGUAGCUUCCCUUUGUCUCGAAGAGCAAGUUCUUGCCAAUUACAAUAAGAUGCUAGCUGAACAAGCUGCUAAGUCACUAGUUUCAAUACUCCAGACAUCAGUUCUGUAUGCUGCCUCUCAAUCCAUCACGUUUCUUUGUGCAGGAUUAGCAUUCUGGUAUGGUGGAACGUUGGUCAUUGAUCAUGAGUAUACAAUAUUUCAGUUCUUCGUCUGCUUUGCCUCUUUGAUAUCUGGAUCGCAGACUGCUGGUAUCAUCUUUUCCCAUGCACCCGGAUUCAGCAAAGCAAUGACGGCAGCUGGAGAACUCAAGACCCUUUUCGAUCGAAAACCUAACAUAGACACUUGGAAGACCCGUGACAACCCAGUCCACAGAGAGAAAACUGAAUCUCACAUUAAGUUUGAAAAUGUUGGUUUUCGGUACCCUGAAAGGCCUGAUCGGCUUAUCCUUGAAAACCUUACUCUAUCAAUCCGAUCAGGACAGUACGUUGCGCUUGUCGGACCUAGUGGGUGUGGCAAGAGUACUAUUAUUGGACUAAUUGAACGUUUCUUCGAUCCAACUGAGGGUCGGAUCAGCUUAGACGGUAAAGACAUCACACAGCUCAAUGUCAAUGAUUACCGGCGAAUGCUAUCCCUUGUUGGACAGGAAACUACGCUGUAUUCAGGCACUAUUUUGGAAAAUCUCAUGCUCGGUUCCUCAGAAAAUGUUUCUGAGGAUGCCGUCAUCGCAGCUUGUAAGAAAGCAAAUAUAUAUGAUUUCAUCGUGUCUCUUCCAGAUGGAUUCUUGACAGAAGUCGGUACCCGAGGUAUCAUGCUGAGCGGUGGUCAGCGACAACGCAUUGCCAUAGCCCGAGCGCUUCUCCGAAACACGGAAAUUCUACUUCUUGAUGAGGCAACAUCCUCACUAGACACGGAAUCUGAGAAGCUGGUGCAGCAAGCAUUAGAUGUGGCCGUGCAGCGCCGUACUACCAUCGCCGUUGCGCACCGACUUUCAACUAUCCAGAGCGCAGAUCUCAUCUUUGUCCUUGAUCAUGGAGCCCUGGUCGAAUCAGGAACGCAUAGCGAGCUUAUAGCAAGGAGAGGCAUGUAUUUCGAGAUGGCACAGACGCAGAGCUUGGAGAAGACGAAGCCAAGAGUAGAAACCUGA